GCUGCACAUAAUGGAAGCUGGAGCUGUGCAGCUCCUGCUUUUAGUAACCCUGGGUUUCCUAAGCGUACAUGGCCAACCACAUUUACUGGAUCCUCAGUGCGUUACAGCCAGAUCCGAGAGAAAUCCGGGACAAUAUCGUGUGAUCAAUGGCCAGAAUGCAGACCUACUAUCCAAUCCCUGGAUGGUGAUAGUCAUCGAGCGCGGGAUGAUGAAGUGCGGCGGGUCACUCAUCACGCCACGAUUCGUUCUGACAGCUGCGCAUUGCAGAAGCCAAACCAAAAGUCAAUUAACAGUGCGCUUGGGGGAGUACGACGUGAAUCAGGCUCUCGAUUGCUCCAACUACGGCUGCAUUCCGCGGCCCAAGGAGAUCAAUGUGACCAGAACCUAUGUGCCCUAUCAAUUCACUGACUUCCACAAAAAUGACAUAGCUCUGUUCAGACUAGAGACCCCGGUGCAGUAUGGAGACCACAUUAGAUCGAUCUGUUUGCUAAUGGGAGACUAUAGCUGGGCGUCGAGCAUACUGAAAAACACAAACAAGUUCAACACCACCGGAUGGGGUCGCACGGACUCCCGCACCCACAGUGCAGUCCUGCAGCGAAUAUCCUUGACGCACCACAGCCUCAGCUAUUGCGCCCAGUUCUUCGGCAAAGCAAUGGACAACAACCACAUUUGCGCAGCCAGCAGUACUGGUUUCACCUGCCAGGGCGACUCGGGCGGACCGCUAUCGGCAAGGAUCCCGAUUGGGUCGGAGACGAGGGUGGUGCUCUUCGGAGUGGUCAGCUACGGAGUGGUCAACUGCCACGGACCAACUGUCUACUCGAGCGUGAUUCCCUUUGCGGGCUGGAUCGAGAUGCAAACGAAAAGAAACUAACAAGCAGUAAGCGUUUUUAUAUUCUCGAACAUGUAAGCAGGUCCGAAAUGCUCUUAAUAAAGCGCCAUCUUAGCGAACUCUGGAAUGAGAA